AUGUGUUGUGGCCCCCACGACUCGGGCGGGCGGCCUCUGCUAAAUAUGUGUUUCCAGAUCACAGCCACCUACCCAGCGGAGAUGCUGUGGAACCUUGCGUCACCUCGGCUUCGAAAAGCGAUCCCAGAGGCAUGUUUUCGUCCAAGCGUGGUGAGAUCUGCUGCACACGUUCUUGCAGAUGUUCUCCUGGCUGUAGGUCUUGCAUUCGCAGCUCUCGAACUCGUCCCGCAAAUCGGCAGUCGAGCACUUCGUGUUGCUCUGUGGAUGCUUUACGGGUAUGUCCAAGGCUUGGUGUUCACUGGAAUCUGGAUUCUUGCACACGAGUGCGGACAUUACGCAUUAUUUCCGGGCAGAAAGGUCAAUGAUGCGAUCGGGUUUUUCCUGCAUAGUGCUCUUCUUAAGUACACGCAUGCUCGUCAUCAUCGAUACACAAACCAUAUUGAGAAAGAUACGGCGUAUGUGCCUUCCAGGGAAGAGGAGAUAACAUGGUCCAGACGAAUUUCUGAAGUUCUUCAUCAGACGGAGGACGCUCCUUUGCAUUCUGCCAUUCUGCUUGUCUGCCAUCAGCUUUUCGGCUGGCAGGCGUACAUCGCAUGCUAUGCAAGUGGUGGACCUGGCUCGUUGGUGAGAGCGUCGAGGGGCAAGACGUUUGAUCGAUGCCAUUUGAAUCCAGCAGCGUGCAUCUUUACGGCGUCAGAAGCGGCAUUCGUAGGGUUGUCCACGCUGGGGUUGUUGGGAAUGCUGUUGCUCCUCGCCAUGGCAGCUAGCAAGAUCGGUUGGGCCAAUGUGGCACUCCUCUACGGAGUUCCAUAUGCCUGGGUCAACAAUUGGCUGGUCGCGAUCACAUAUCUUCAUCACACACAUCGAGACAUUCAGCACUUCGCCAGCUCGGGCUGGACGUACAUGAAUGGUGUGCUGUCCACAAUUGAUCGGCCUUUCGGCAUCGUGGGACGAUAUGUGUUCCACGGCAUAAUCGACUUCCAUGUCGUCCAUCAUCUCUUUCCCCAGAUACCAUUCUACCAUGCGGAAGAAGCGACAGAAGCAGUCAAGAAGGAAUUGGGUGAGCGCUACUGCUUCGACGACACGCCUUUCUGGCUUGCUCUUUGGCGGACGUUCCGGGAAUGUCAGGUCGUGGUGCCAUCGAAGCAUGCAUCCGAUGUGCUUGUCUGGAAAGAUCUAGGAGCCUGAGCCUGAGAGUAAGAAAGUGAGAAGAGCCAAGCCAAGCCAAGCGC